AUUCAAAGUUUCUCCAAACAAGCCCAUCGAGGAAGAAAGUAAUUGACGGACGGAGAUGAAUCUUGCAAUUCCGGCUACUACUAUCCCUCCUCGACAGCUCUGCUUCCUAACAGAUUAUCAUUUGGAAUCCCCAUUUUAUUCUCGGAUCUAACAUCUUGGCCCUUGAAUUUUGCCUGCUGAUCCAAUUCCAUACUCCUUUUAAACCGAAGAACGAGUGCCUGAGAGAGAGCGAUAAUCGUAUAAUUAUUAUGGCUACGGCAAAGACGGCUCGGUCCAGAGGCUCGGCGGCGGCGAAAGAGAACGGCCCGAAACUUGAGGAGAGUCUCGGUCUCUUCAAAUCUGAUAACUUCAACGCCGAUGCCUUCGUCCAGUCCCGCUGUUCUCUGAACGAGAAGGAUGUCAAGCAAUUAUGUUCAUACCUUUUAGAUCUCAAAAGAGCUUCUGCUGACGAAAUGCGAAGAAGUGUCUAUGCUAAUUAUGCUGCCUUCAUACGCACAUCCAAAGAGAUCUCAGAUUUAGAGGGGGAGCUUUCUUCAAUCAGAAACCUGCUAUCUACUCAAGCUGCUUUGAUUCAUGGUUUAUCUGAGGGAGUCCACAUUGAUUCCUUAUCUGUCCCUGUUGCAAAAGGUUCUGCAGUUAACAAUUUAUAUGUUUAUGAAGGCAGUGAACCUUCAGAACUGGAGAAAUGGUUGAUAGAAUUCCCUGAUCUAUUGGAUGUUCUGUUAGCUGAGAGGAGAGUGGAUGAAGCUUUGGUUGCCCUCAGUGAAGGAGAGCGUGUAGCAUCUGAAGCAAAACAAAUGAAAACACUAACCCCAGCUGUACUAAUGUCUCUACAGACCUCUAUUAUUGAGCGUAGACAAAAGUUGGCCGACCAGCUUGCUGAAGCUGCUUGUCAGCCUUCCACGCGUGGUGAUGAACUUCGUGAAGCUAUAUCAGCUCUUAAACAGCUUGGAGAUGGCCCUCGUGCUCACAGUUUGCUACUUAAUGCGCAUUUACAAAGAUAUCAGUAUAAUAUGCAAAGCCUUCGCCCAUCAAGCACCUCAUAUGGAGGAGCAUAUACUGCUGCUCUCUCACAGCUGGUGUUCUCUGCUAUUGCUCAAGCUGCAAGUGAUUCGUUGGCUAUUUUUGGUCAGGAACCUGCUUAUACUUCUGAGCUUGUCAUGUGGGCUACAAAGCAAACAGAGGCUUUUGCACUUCUCGUUAAAAGAUAUGCAUUAGCUUCAUCAGCAGCAGCGGGAGGUUUAAGAGCUGCUGCAGAAUGUGUUCAAAUAGCAUUAGGCCAUUGUUCAUUGUUGGAAGCUCGUGGCUUGGCUCUUUGUCCUGUGCUCUUGAGGCUUUUUAGGCCCAGCGUUGAACAAGCACUGGAUGCUAAUUUAAAAAGAAUUGAAGAGAGCACUGCUGCUCUGGCUGCUGCUGAUGAUUGGAUACUCACAUGCCCUCCAGCUACACGUCAAUCUGGCAGGCCAUCAGGCACAUCCCUUGGCAGUGCAACGGCGUUUCAACAUAAACUUACAAGUAGUGCCCAUCGGUUCAAUUUGAUGGUCCAGGAUUUCUUUGAGGACGUGGGACCACUGCUAAGCAUGCAGUUAGGAGGUCAAACACUGGAAGGCUUGUUUCAAGUAUUUAACUCAUAUGUGAGCAUGCUCAUAAAGGCACUACCAGGUUCAAUGGAGGAAGAAGCAAACUUUGAGAGUUCUGGGAAUAAAAUUGUCCGAAUGGCUGAGAAUGAAGCUCAGCAGAUGGCAUUGCUGGCAAAUGCAUCAUUAUUAGCAGAUGAACUGCUCCCACGUGCAGCCAUGAAACUAUCUCCUCCCAAUCAGGUUACUUACAGGGGUGAUACUCGUAGAAGGCCUCUGGAUAGGCAGAACCGUCAUCCUGAGCAAAGAGAAUGGAAAAGGCGACUUGUAAAUUCAGUUGACCGAUUAAAGGAUACUUUUUGUCAACAGCAUGCUCUAGAUCUCAUUUUUACAGAAGAAGGUGAUAGCAAUCUUACGGCAGACAUGUACCUAAAUAUGGAUGUCAAUGUGGAUGAAUUUGAGUGGUUUCCAUCACCAAUAUUCCAGGAACUAUUCAUGAAACUGAAUAGAAUGGCUAGUAUAGCAGCAGAUAUGUUUGUUGGCAGAGAAAGAUUUGCUACAUUGCUAUUAAUGAGACUUACAGAAACUGUCAUCUUGUGGCUUUCAAAAGACCAGAGCUUUUGGGAUGAUAUUGAGGAAGGCCCCAAGCCUUUAGGAUCUCAUGGUCUACAGCAGUUCUAUUUGGACAUGAAGUUUGUCAUAUGCUUUGCUUCCCAAGGUCGCUACAUAUCUAGGAAUUUGCCUAGAGUUGUCAAUGAGAUAAUAUCCAAAGCAAUGUCAGCAUUCGCUGCAACAGGGAAGGAUCCGUAUAGCUUCCUACCAGAAGAUGACUGGUUUAACGACAUCUGUCAAGAAGCAAUUGAAAGGUUGAGUGGAAAACCAAAAGCCACCAUUGGAGAUCGGGAACUCAACAGCCCAACUGCAUCUGUUUCAGCACACUCAAUUUCAUCUGUCAGAUCUCAUGGGAGUUCCUAAAUCCCAGUUUCAUCAUGUAAACUAAACAGUAGCCGAAUCUGUGUGGAUGUGUUGACGGGUUCCUUGUAUUUGUAAGCUCUUUUCAUCUACUUUUUUCCCCUAAUUUUUGUUCAUUUUAUAUUUUUCUACAGUUUCUGUAGGAUGGAGUCGUGUAUAGGAAUUCCUUUCGUUGUCUAAUUGAGCAAGCAUUUGAGCUUGUAGUAGUUCCUUAAUCAUUUUCCUAAA